AUGGAGAGCAGAAACACCGACACGAGUGACCUGCCCCUCAUUAUAACGAAGGUCCUCGGUAAGCUCCCAUCUUUUCUCGCAGUCCCUGUUGGGAUAUUUUGUACAGACACCUAUCAGCGCUCCAAAUACUGGGACCUGUAUAAUGGCUUUGUGCGACUUCGCGGCAAGCGCUCAAGAUGUCGGUCGCUUCUCCGCCGCGGCGGCUUCCUGGUAAGCGCCAAAGAUGUCGGUCGCUUCCGCCCCCGCGGCGGCGUGUUGGCAAGCGCUCAAGAUGUCGGUCGCUUCCGCCGCCGCCGCGGCGCGAGAUGGCCCAAGAGACCACCGACAACUGCCGUCCACCACUGGAAGAAAGUCUCAAUCGCCGGUCUCGAUAUGACCAACGGCACUAGGGAUAAAAAGCAUUUCAAAUGCCAGACCACUGAGCUUCUCCAGAGGAGCAGAGCUAUUCAGCUCUAG